GCGAAAGAGGUCUUGCUCCCAAGCUCUGCUUCCACCGGUUGCAAGGAGAGGAUCAUGGCGGUCAGCAGCGACAAGCUGGUGGGAUCGGGUUUGCUGCUCGUGAGCGUCACCAUCUUCGUCUACUACACGCUCUGGGUCAUCGUCCUGCCGUUCGUGGACACUUCGCACCCGGUACAGGACUUUUUUCUGCCUCGGAAGUACGCCAUCGCCAUCCCCACCGUGCUUGUCAUCGUCCUCGUCACGCUCGUGGCAACGUUUAUCGGCCUGACCCUCAUGAAGUCCGCGAGAAAGCAGAAGCUGAAGUCCUCCUGAAGACUUGCUUGGUGGUCGAUUGGCCCGAUCGGUGUAAAUUUUGUCUGGUUCUCUUACUGCUCCCACAUUCCCCCACCCUGUGGGCACACGAUAAGAUUGAGUUCCGCACAGGAAGAACCAGAUGAGGUUCGGUGGGGAUUACGCCGGGAGUACGUAGUGCACGAAAGGCAACGCACCAGUUGGGAGCCGUGCCGUCGUUCAUGGCAAACCCUGUUUUAGUUUUGGUGUCAUGUGCUCAGGUGGCAUAAUGCCGGUAUGGAAUGGUUGUGUUGCGUGUGUCGCGGUUGUAUACGUUCCUGUUGUCGAAAUACUGUAAUAGCUUAAUGUAUGCCUGAUGUAGGCGUUACUUGUUUUGUGAGUUGUGUCGGGAGUCGUGUCUGCAGUUCCGUAGUCUGGCACUACUCUUUUGACGGAGGCUUCCUCGAAUUUACGGCGAGAAACCUCUUCUCGGAGCAGAUGUGGUCUUCUUGCCACACAUGAGCUGUUGCUCUUAGGGGGUGUUUGAGUUGCUCCAAAGUGUAUGCGCCACAUGCCGGUGAUGCGUGGUUGAUCACGAAAAGACAACGGGACGAAGAGAACGCGCGACUACGUUUAAUAUAAUACUCUGAGAACUUGCGUGUUGAUAACACCCAUUGCAACCACGUACAAUUUUUUAACUCAAUCUAUGGACUCGAAUGUCCCGGGGUGUCGACCAAGGCUCCACGUUUGUCUCUGAUGUUUUGAUAUUGUAAUGCGACAUAUACAGAAGCGGAGCCCCAUCUGUCUUUUCUGUUGCUCUUGCUUCGCAAGUGUUCACACUCUGUACAACUACGGUAGUUGUAUUUCUUUGGGCAAUCAACUCGGUUGAUUGGAAGCAAGUAUUGCACAAGCUUUUGAGAAUUGAUUGGAAUCAACUAUUUAUUUGCCCAAGAUUUUGAGACUUGUGAUAAGGAUAAACUAUUUGACCCAGACUCAGAGACUUCAGUUGAAGUCUCAGAAUCUCGGUCAAAUGGUUUAUUCCGUUCAACUACGGGUUGUUGGGACCCUUGGUUUCGUUGUUGUUGUACAGGGUGUACGACAUUUCCUUUGUCGUGUCUUGAUGCUGUACACCCGAUAUACGUGGGGUACCGUUUUGUUUUAGGGGAGGCGACGGGUGGAAGCGGGGUUCGUCAUGAUGAGCAAAGGACUACCCACAGGUGUCUCGUGUA